AUGAGCGCAUCACGCAAUCCCUACAAGGAUGACAUUGACUUUACCACCCUUGCGCUCCAAUCCCCGGAUUUUGCUAAGUAUCUAAAAUCCAACGGGCAAUUGGACUUUACCGACCCCGGUGCUGUCAGACAAUUGACCACGAGUCUCUUGCAGCGAGAUUUCGACCUGAAAGUCGACAUUCCUGACAACAGACUUUGUCCGCCGGUCCCGAACAGGUUGAAUUAUAUCCUCUGGCUGCAAGAUCUCCUCGAUACCACGGGCGAUGACUACCGGGAUAGCUAUGAUCCCGAUCAAAAAGUCGUGGGACUUGACAUAGGGACAGGAUGUUGCAGCAUCUACCCCUUGUUAGGAUGUUCCAUGCGGCCCCAAUGGAAUUUUGUAGCGACAGACAUUGACAAGGGCAAUAUCGAGUCGUCACAAGCGAACAUUUCGGCAAACGGGCUCGAUUCGCGCAUCACAAUCUACAAGACGGACCCAGAGGAUAAGCUCAUUCCGCUAGGCACGAAGCUCAAGCUUGACAGAAGACUAGACUUCACCAUGUGCAAUCCCCCCUUCUACACUUCUCGAGAUGAGAUGGUAGCGUCAGCAGAAGCCAAGGAGAGGCCGCCUUUCUCGGCAUGCACAGGUGCAGAGGUCGAGAUGGUGACAACAGGUGGAGAAGUCGCGUUCAUCUCCCGAAUGAUCGAAGAGAGUCUCCAGCUGCGCGACAGAGUACGUUGGUACACCUCGAUGUGCGGCAAGUUGAGCAGCAUCUCCGUCUUGGUGGAAAGAUUGAUCGAACACGGCAACAACAACUAUGCCGUGACAGAGUUUGUGCAAGGCAACAAGACCAAACGAUGGGCUUUAGCCUGGUCCUGGACUGAUCGUCGUCCGACAGUGGCCGUAGCCCGAGGUAUCCCUGCAAUCCCAAAGCACCUUCUCCCCUUUCCCUCCGAGUACACCUUCACAACCACCACCGAGUCUAUCGCCGACGUAGCUGCCACAAUCAAUGCAGAACUCGAAGCCCUCUCCGUCCAAUGGGUCUGGCGUAAGGACCUAGCCAUGGGCGUGGGCUUCGCGAUGCAGAAUGUCUGGUCUCGACAGGCCCGCCGCAAGAUGCGCAAUCCAGAAGCAAUGACCGAUCAGGCCCCGAUCGAAGAAAGUAAGGCCGCCCUCGGGUUCAGGGUGCAGGUCAAGAAAGAGGCCAUCGACGAGAAAGGGCUGAAGGUGAUCAUCAGGUGGAUCAAGGGAACAGAUACCGUCCUCUUCGAGAGUUUCUGCGGCAUGCUAAAACGGAAGAUAGACAGCAAGCAACGAUCUGAUACAGCCCCAACACGAUCGGACGAGUAG